GUCAGAGAGCUUUCCUUGUUUCCUCUCCGGGAAACCAGGAAAGCGUCCAUGGAGAUGAUGUUUAUGCUGUGACUGUUGCACCGUUGUUAGCUCCUGGUUAUGCCACGGCUUCCGUAGAGGGCUUCAGGCUUCUCGGCACUCUUAAAAGACCCGAUGACGAGUCGGUUAAGGCCAGGAAGUAACCAUGGCGGCGGCUGCUCUCAUAGGAAACCAGCUGAUCCUUGAAGAGGACUACGACGAGAACUACAUCCCCUCUGAGCAAGAGAUCCACGAGUACGCGCGAGAGAUUGGCAUCGACCCCGACAAUGAGCCGGAGCUGCUGUGGUUGGCCAGAGAGGGCAUCAUGGCCCCCUUGCCUCCCGAGUGGAAGCCGUGCCAGGACGUGACAGGGGACAUCUACUACUUCAACUUCUCCACGGGCCAGUCCACCUGGGACCACCCCUGCGAAGAGCACUACCGCUGCAUGGCGAGCCAGGAGCGCGAGCGCCUCAAGCUCACAGGCCCUGCCGGCGGCGGGGGGGCUAAGAAGGACAAGAAGAAGAAAGAAAAGAGGGAGAAAAAAGAAAAGAAGAAGAAGAAGGAGCCGCCGAAGACUUCAGCGGCGCUGAGCUCAUCUUUGGGGCCGCUGCCGUCCCCGCUGUCCGCCUUGGCUCCUCUGAGAGGUCUAGACGCCUCGGGCCAAGGCCCCGCCUCUGGGCCCGGCCCGUCUGUCCGGGGGUCCCUCGGCAGCUCGGCGGGGUUGGAACCUCUGAAGAAGAUGUCCCUUCUGGGUCCUCGAGGCGGUGGGGCGGCGAGUGUUUUGGGCACCAGGAAAGGGGAGAGGGUCGCGCUCACUCUGCACGGCUUAUGCUACGACGACGAGGACGACGACGGCAACGAUGACGAGAAAAUGUCUGAAAAUGAGCUGAGUCCUUCCGGAUCAGACAGGCUGCUGAAGAACCUCCACCUGGACCUGGACGCUCUGGGAGGAGGCCUGCAAUAUGAGGACAGCGACGGCAGCGGUGCGACGCCAGCCGAGGAGAGGACGGAGCCGGAGCUGCAGGACUUGGCCCGGUCCGGAGACCACAGCCCCGAGCCACCGUCCCACCAGGACUCUUUAAGGGGCCGCCGCGUCCACCUCUCAGCCGGGGUGGGCGGCAGAAGCCAAGCCAGUGACGAGGGAGCUGGUGCUACCACCCCUGAGUCUGAACACUCUGAACAGGAGGGAGAGAGGGAGUUAAAUGAAGGGGAGGAUGAUGAGGAAGUUGACGAAGAUCAUGGGACAGGAGAUAAAGUAAAGAUGGAGAGGGACAAAGAGGCAGGGACUGUGAACAAUGCUGGAACUAAAAGAGAGACGCAAGAUGAUCUAAGCCAAAAAAAAGAAAAGGAAGGAGUGGACGAGCAUCAGAGUGGAAGUAAAGAGAGAGAAGGUGACGAGCUGGAGGAGGGAUUCAGUGUUGGCAAAGAUGAAGCAAAGGACUUUCCAGACAGCACUGGUCACAGCAGUGGACAGAAGAGGAGAGAACAAGGUGAAGAGAACGAGGAGUUAGAAGGAAAUGUUAAGGGCCAGAAUGAUGAGAGCAAGAACAGAGACGAGAAAACUGAAAGCAACGAGACCAAGAAGGAUGUAAUGGGUGGGAAUGAUGGAGAGAAAGAAGUGGAAGAGUCUGAAUCUGAGGAUGAAGUGGCUGAAGAAUGCCUCAGUUUAGAUAAGGAUGGCAGAGGGACUGAGAAGAUGGGCAAAGCAGAAGAAAGGAGAGGUGAGGCUGAGCGAAACGUUAGUGAUGAACCUCCGGGUGAGACCGAGAAGCCAGAGGAGGAAAAGACUCGUGAAACGGGGCAGGAAGGGGAAGGAGACGAGGAGGGGGAGAGUGACGGCGCUCUGCAGGGAUGCUCCAUAAGCCGCAGAAAACAGACAGAGACUCCAGACGAGGUUCUAGAAAGAUGUGUGCGCAGCGAAGGAGAAGAGACGUGGAAGGAAGGAGUGGAGAUAGAGGACGAGUCAGAGGGCCGAGCUCCACCAGGAGCGUCAGAAAGCGAAGAAGAAGUCGUUGAGGUGUUUACGGCGGGGCCGUCUCAUGGCCAGCCCGCCGGGCUAGGACGGAGGACCACCUCCUCCCUUCCUGCAGAGGAAUCUGGGCCCAACAAGAGCGUUGCAGAGGUUUCCUCCUCCGCGGAUCUGAAGCUGUCGCAGAAGGUUCUGGACGUCAACGACCUGUCCGGCACCAUCAGUCCGCUGGACAAGGACGAGAGGGAGGAGACCGGAGAGGACGAGGCGGGGGGCGAGGGCGGAGGCCAGGCAAAGACGGACGUCACCAGGAGUCCGCUGCCGUCUCAAGGCAAAGACGAGCCAGCAGCUCAUGAAGUUGAUCGACUUGUCCUCCACCAGUCCGACCGGUCACAAUCCAGCUCCUCCUCCGUAGAACAAAGGUCCCCCAAACGUCACAAGACACAAAGCCUCGGUGGGACUCUGGGGCUGCAGAGACCCGAAACCUCCAGAGGUCGGUCUGGCCGGGCGUUAGACGCCCCGGUCCAGGAUGCAGAACCUGCCUCCAAGAGGCCAGGAAGUUCCCUGGGAGAAGAGCCGAAGUGGAAAGCUCGGAUGGAGAAAAAGGAGGAGAAAGAUGAGAUGAGGGCAGAGAGGGAGGAGGGGAGUAUGAGGCAAAAGGAGGAGGAAAUGGGGGAGGAAGCGGAGAGGCUGAGAAGGGACCUCGAGCAAGGGCUGGAGGAGGAGAGGCAGCGUUUGUUGAAGGAAAGGGAAAAGAGGAUGCGUCUCCUUCAGGAGGAACUGAGGAGGGAGGAGGAGGCGGAGGAAAGGAAACUGAGGGAUGAAAGUGAGAAAAGGCUGAGGGAGCUGCGGCAGAACCUGCUGUCCAAGAGGAGGGAGGAGGAGGCCGGGCUGAAGGAGGAGGCCGAUAAAACGCUGGAGGAGCUGAGGCAGUCCGUCAGGGAGGAGCGGGAGCAGCAGCAGCGAAAGCUCAGGGACGAGAGCGAGGCCACGUUGAAGGAGCUACGCGUCGCCCUGGAGGAGGAGCGAGCCGCCACCCGGGCUCGGCUGGAGGCGCAGAGGAAGCAGGAUGUGGAACGCCUGCAGGCGGAGUCGGAGGAGGAGCUGGAGGCCACGAGGAAGAGGCUGGAGAGGGAGAGGGGGGAGAAAGUGGACGCUCUUAAGCAGGAGGUCAACAGCACCGAGAGGAGGAGGGAGCUGAUAGUCAGUCCCCGACCUGAACACCAGCUGGCAGAGUACCACAGAGAGCUGAGCGACGUGCUGCAGGAAGUGCGCGACGAGGUGCAGCGGGACCACGACAGGAAGCUGGAGCAGCUGAAGGACGACCACAGGCGGGAGAUGAACGACAUCAGAGAGAAGUACCUGGACGAGGAGAGCGCUCAGAGGGAGCGCCUGUUGCAUACGCUCCAGGAGGACAGAGAGCGCCUCCAGGCAUCACACGACCUCCGGCUGGAGAAACUCCGCCUGCAGCUCGAUGGGCAGCUCCAAAAGACUCAGCUGGCUCAUUCGCGCAAGGAGUCAGAGCUGCGGGAUCUAGCAGACAGGCUGGAGCUGAGAGAGAAAGAGCUGAAGAGCCAGGAAGUCUUGCUGCAAACCAAGGCUGCAGAUCUUGACAGGAGGAGGAAGAAGCUCGGAGACGAGGAGGAGGAGCUGGACAGACAGCUCGAGGCGUUACCUCGGCUGGUCCGGGAGAGAGACCAGCUGAACGAGGAGCUGCAGAGGCUGAGGGAGGAGGUGGCCCAAGCCCGGCAGAUCUCUCACUUCGCCCGGGAGGAGAGGGACGAGGCCAAGGAUCAGAGAGAGAGGAUGAGGGAGGAGCGAGACAAAGCCAGGGAGGAGAGCAGGAGGGCCAGGGAGGACAGGGAGCGGCUGGAGAGCAAGGUGGCGCUGCUGCAGGAGCGAUGCGACCGCCUGGCCUGCAGACUCAGCGAGCUGGAACAAGCCAAAGACGGAAGCGCGCUGGCCAACCCGGAGCGGAGCCGAAACAAGGCCGAGGAGGCGGCAGCGCCCUCCGACGACAGGACCGAGCCCUCGCUGCACGUCGAGGAGCUGGACGAGCCGCCUCUCUCCUCUGCGCCGGACAGCCACAGCAGCAUCAACGAGUUCCAGCAGUACGUCUCCUCACACGGCGCCUCCAUCCAGAAGACCAAGCAGUUCCUGGAGAGGGAGAGCAGCCGGCUGGUGGAGAGGCAGGCGGCGCUGCGGGCGGCCCAGACCGGCGGCGCCCAGGACCCCGCCCUCAGAGGGGCGGCCGAGGAGGGGAUGAGAACCCUCCAGCAGGAGGCCAGAGACGUGGCGGAGCUUCAGCGGACGGUGCAGAGAGGAGCCUCCCUGCUGCGCAGGAAAGAGGAGCAGCUUCAGCAGCUGGAGAGCUCCAUGGCGGAGGAGGCCAUGCUCCAGGAUUCAUCUCGGCUCGCCGAAGACAGGAAGGUGACGUUCGACGUGACUGAGUCAGACAUCAGCAGCGCCGCGGAGCCGCCGGGCGGCACAGCAGGAGACCACCCCACCGUCCCAGCCAAAGUCCAGGAGCUAGCGGAGUCCCUGCAGCACAUCUCAGGCCAGCUCAACAGCGUUCUGAGCGCACUGGGCACGCUGGCCCAGAGGGAGCACGGCUCACCGUACGCCCUCUACUCCGUGCCUCAGCCUCAGAGGUUCGGCACAGAGGCGUGGGGCCCAGCCGCCGCGGUGCCGGUGACUCCCGGCUCUGCGGCGCCACCUGAGAGGCUGUCAGAGCCGCUCUGGAGCUGGGCACCUCAGAGCAGCUCAGCAGGCGGCCCCCUGUUCAGCACCCCCAUCAGCAGCGGCCUCACCGCCUCGGCAGACUUCAUGAGCAGCAGAUGGAGCCAGAUAUUCCCAGGAGCAGCCGUCGACCCGCUCUCCUCCAGCGCCGCCAGAACCCUCUCCUCUUAUCCAUCGUACCCUGCAGUCAGUGAGCACAGCCGCGGCCGCCAGGCGACGCAGAGGUCAGCGGAGCUGGACGGUCAGAGGCUGCAGGGGCUGAUUGACAGUAACAGGAAGUGGCUGGACCUGCGCAGGAAGGACCCCAGCAUACCUCUGUUCACCCGCUACCGAGCUGCUUCCUCCAAGAACGGACUGGUCCAGCUGGGCUUGGACGACAACAACCAGAUCAGAGUCUAUCACCACUGAGGACAACCCACGGCUCCGUGGACUUCAGAGCAUUUAACGACGCCGUGACGUGUCGGCAAAGCCAUGUUUACAAAGACUCUUUCAAAGCUCUGGGCACACAGGUCUUCAGGGAUGUACCGCCUCCUCCGCUGUGGACGUGGCUCAGGCCGGGACCCCAUUUCUCCUAAAACUAUGUGCAGGUUACAUUUUAUACCAGUUUCUUGUCUAAGGCACUUAGAGAAAGGCUUUAAAUAGAUUUUUUUAAAACUUCAGCAGCAAAAAUCAAUUAGCUGGUGGUUAACUGCUUAAAAAAAAAAAGGUGUUAUUUACUCCUUUAGUGUUUACAGAGCAGCAGCCAGUGUCUGCAUACUCAUAUUGUGCUAGUGUGUAAAUAUUCUAUUUUUAUUAAAUGUACCUUUUUUUUUUAUAUACA